AUCAAUAGAUGAUGCAGUGCAGUCUCCUAAUGGAUUGACCUGCACAUCAUGUACAGCUGCCUUUAUAAUGGUUUCCGCUGGUGGCAUCAGUCAGUCUUAAGUGCAAAGACCACUGGAGCCAAACACAGCUCCAUCAAGCUCUCUAUACCACACACAGACUCUGCUUCAUAAACCGACGGAGAUAAACAACCCAUGAUGAAAUCCUGGAACUUUAAUGCUUGACCAGACAUUUAUCAGACCUAACCACUGACCUCCAGACAAGAGGUGGAAAAUGGAGAAAACCCUGCUUUUGUUUCGUGUUUUGUGCCCUACGCUGUAAACAAUGGAGAUAUCUGGAUUACCUCAUACAGAGGAGCUUAAUGAAACUGAACUUAAUGAGACAUUAAGACAUGGCCACCCGAUACACCUGUCUCCUGGCAUGCAACUGGGCACCAUGUCCAAUCCUCAAUCACGUUUGAAAGACAUGUCGGCCCUCAUAAUCAUGGUGACCCUUAAUGCGAUAGCGCUGUUGGCAAACAUCGGAGUCCUCGUCGUCGUUCUCAAAGUGCCCCAUCUACGCAAGUUUUGCUUAGUGAGUCACCUGUGUAUUGUGGAUUUGUUGUGUGCCGCCCUGCUCAUGCCUCUUGGCAUCGUCUGCGGUUCGCCAUUCUUUGCCGGCGUCGUUUUUUCAGUAUUUGAAUGUCGGCUGUACGUGUUCAUCAACGCCUUUCUCAUAUCUGCCUCCAUCUUUACUGUAACUGUAAUAAGCAUUGAACGUUACUUCUACAUUGUACAUCCCAUGAGGUACCAGGCCAAGAUGACCCAGUGGCUGGCAGCUGCCGUCAUGGGACUGGUGUGGGUGGUUUCUACGUUGCUUGGACUGGCUACCAUUAUCGGGUGGCCCAAUUACGGCAACAGAAGCUCCAUCGCCGCGACCCACUGCUCUUUACAUUGGAGCCACAGUGGACAUCGGCGAGUGUUUGCUAUUUUGUUCUGCGCUGUGUGCUUUUGCGUACCCGCCGCUAUUAUACUUGCCGUCUACGGGAAUGUCUAUAAAGUUGCCCACACGGCCGCUAGGGACAGGGGUCCGAUUCCUAGCCGGUCUACGCGUCGAUCUGACUCUGUCAAUAGCCAAACCACCAUAAUAACCACCAGCACCAGUGUCCGCAGAAAUCAAAUCCCCCGUAGAAGGAAAAAGAUGCUGGUCGGGGGAAAAGCGGCCUUCACGUUGGCCAUCAUCGUGGGCCAGUUUUUACUUUGCUGGCUGCCUUACUUUGCUUUUCAUUUGCAUUUGUCUUUGGGGGUUUCUCAUAGGGACUACGAGGAGGCAGAAGGUGCAGUCACCUGGCUGGCAUACUCAACAUUUGCACUAAACCCGUUUUUUUACGGGCUGUUAAACCGUCAGAUCAGGGAGGAGUUGCGCAAGGCACUAUUGUGUUGUCGAACGAGCAGUAGGCCGAUGCUCACUGCAGGGUACGGAAACAAACAUACAGGACAAGAGGACUUUUUUCAUUUUUUGCGUAGGAAUGGUGGUGAGGGGGGAAACAGAUGCAGCUACCACAUGGUCACAACGAGGUGUGCAACGGAACAAACCGGGUUUAGGAUACCUGGACAGAUACCAGAAGAAGUUAACUAAACUUAUAAAAGUGUUCGAUUUAAGUGAAAAGCUUGUCAAGUAUGCAACGCAUACUCGAAAAAUGACCCUUUGCAUUUAACCCAUCCCAGUGAGAAGUAAACACAUGCACCGCAAGUUGUGAACACAUGCACACCAGAAGCAGUGGGCAGCUAUCCCAGGGAGCAAUUAGGGUAAGGUGCCUUGCUCAAGGGCACCACAGUUGCAACCCGCCAGACAUGCGACUUGAACCGGCAAGUCUUGGGUUACAAGCCCGACUUCUAACCAUUAGGCUACAAUUGGUCUUGAGGGAGGGAGGAAUGGAGUAAGCGUCAUUGUUAAAUGAGUAGUUCACCCAAAAAUGAAAACUUUAUUUAUUCACCCCCUUAUAUCUUUGAUCCCCUUUCUUCGUUCUUCAGAACCCAAAUGCAGACUUUUACAAAAGUGUUGUUUUAGGUUUUCUGGUUACUGUGAGAGUGUAUGGUGACUGCCUCUUACAACUUUAAAAGUCUCUUUUAUCAUAAACCCUUUAGAUGCGUCUGCAGCAGGCACUUAUUUUGACAAGACACGUGAUGCACAUAGGAUCACUUGAUGGGCAGAACACAUAUUUUGACAAAAGGAACCACACACAUGACGGGCUACAUACAUGUUGUAACGAACUUAGCAUCGAGCGCCCUCGAAAAAAGAAGUCACCGGCCGCCACUGAUGUAGUCCAUCAUGUCAUGUGUGUG